UAUUGUAAAACUGACAUGGUAAAAAGAUCAAGUCUCCUUAUUUCUGGUCUAUUUAUUCUGAAUUUUGAUCGUAAACAAGAAGCGGAACGUAAGAGUGGCGUUGCCACUGAACAAGCGCAACGUCAGCCCGAAGAUGGCGGCAAGCCAAAAGACUUUUACUACAAGGUCCUAGGCGUCGGCAAGUACGCUACCAGCAAGGAAAUACGCAACGCCUACUUAAUGCUAGCCAAGCGCUAUCAUCCCGACAAAAUGAGCUCGGGGAGGUCCCUGAAACACUUUCAAGAGAUCUCCAAUGCCUAUCAUAUUCUGACAGAUGAAAACAAAAGGCUGGAGUACGAUCAACUGGGGGGUGUCAAGGACGAGAAGGCGUUCCUCGAGCAGGCAACUGUGAAUCCGACGAUCUUGGGGCAAAGGCUGGACGAGGCUAAGAAACUUCAGGCGGAGACAGACGCAAACGAUGAAAUCAAUAAUCUGAAGCAGCUGAAAGGCAAGAGCUUUGAAUUGAGUCUUAGCUUCGAAGAAGCCGCCAAUGGGUGCAAGAAGCGCGUGAACAUACGCUACCUGCGGAAGUGUGGCAAGUGCGGCGGCAAGUCGCAGUUGAUGACGCAUCGUGAUGUCGGGAAGGAGCCAUGCCGACGCUGCAAUGGCGCAGGCAAGGUGACCAAGCGGACGGUGACCUUUACGGCCGAAAAGACAUGUGAACACUGUAAAGGAAAGGGGUUCAUCAACCGCCGCGACUGCGAGCCGUGUGGCAACCGCGGCUUCAUAGCAUCCGGUGUCGAGGUGCUGGUUAAGGUACCGCCUGGAUCGAAGGACGGCGAUGUUAUCACCAUCCAAAACCCGAAUACCCAAGAACGUGUUAACUAUCGCCUGGUGGUCGAACGCAGCGACUACUUUCGCCGAGAUGGCCUUAAUGUCCAUAGUGACAAGCUGAUAACUAUAUCGCAAGCCAUUUUAGGCGGCAGUUUCACUGUUCGCGGCCUCCACGAGCCUGUGGAAAUACGCGUUGACCCAGGAACGCAGACAAAUAGUGAGAUAAUAAUCAAGAGCAAGGGCAUACGCUGCGAGAAUGGAGUGGGCAACCACGUAGUAACUUUGAAAGUUUUCAUACCUACAAAACUUUCAAUGAAGCAGCGUCUUCUGAUCCUGAGUUUAGCCCAGGCAGAAGACCCAAUUUUCGAUCGGCAAAACCUCAAAGACAAAUAGCAUAGCGCUUCAAAACUAAUCUUGUUAAAUUUUCUGUUAAAUUACUCUGUCAAUUACUCUGUUAAAUAAUGUUUAAAUUAAGUAUGCAUUUCAAACGACAAA